UACUGUCUUGUUAACUUUAGCAUAAGCGGCAAUUUUGUGUGUUUCAGGUUCGUAUAAGUCAUUGCCUACCCUCCCUUUUGGUGAUGCUGGUGGGUGCUCUCGCACUCGGUUGCUUGCUGUCUCUGCUUUCCCUUGCUCCACAUUAUUCCAACCUCAUCAUUCUUUCAUUGAAAAUCCUGUACCCUCUCUCUCUCUCUCUGUUUAUACGUUUAGCACAACAGUUUCAAGAACAACAUAAUCAGGAACCACGCUUACGCUUUUCUAAAGGAUCGAAAGUUUGAGAAUUGUUGUAAAACAGAAUGGGAAAUAAUGGAAGCAGUAGUGCGAGCCGGCGGAGGCACCACCGUAGCCACCAGGGUCAGCCGUCUCCGCAGCCUGAAAUAACCGAAAACAGAUAUGUGUUUGCUGCUGCCACACCCUACCCCAACCCUAACCCUCCCCAAUACUACCAAUACCCCGGAUACUACCCUCAGCCACCGCCCAUGGUGGGCCCUUAUCCGCCGCCUUAUCAUGUGGGUGGUGGGGUCUACCCGGCCCCCGGCAACUGGGUUAAUGGACCGCCCCCUUAUGGUCCUGGUGCAGUCCCCCACCACCCAGUUACUCCAUUUGUGGAACAUCAAAAGGCAGUGACUAUUAGGAACGAUGUGAAUAUUAAGAAGGAGUCUCUGAGGCUUGAACCGGAUGAGGAGAAUCCUGGACAGUUCCUUGUUGCCUUCACGUUCGAUGCCACUGCACCUGGAAGCAUUACAGUUAUGUUUUUCGCUAAAGAAAAUGAAGACUGUAACCUUACAGCUACAAAGGAUAGCCUGCCUAAUUCUAACACCAUCUCUUUUCAGCAAGGUCUAGGCCAGAAGUUUAGACAACCUUGUGGAACUGGAAUUGACUUCUCGAAGAUUGAGGAGACCGAGUUGACAGAUUAUGGUGAUAUAGAGAUUUACCCACUUGUGGUUAAGGCUGAAGCAUACCCAUUGACCAAUAAUGAAUCAGAAGGAGAUCCAGUUAGGAAUUCUCAGAUCACCAAGGCUGUGUUUGAAAAGAAGGAGAAUGGUGAGUACCAGGUGCGGGUGUUGCAACAGAUCCUGUGGGUGAAUGGGAUGAGGUAUGAGCUGCAGGAAAUUUAUGGAAUUGGGAAUGUGGUUGAUGGUGAUACAGAGGAGAAUGAUUCUGGGAAAGAAUGUGUUAUUUGCUUGUCAGAACCCCGCGAUACAACUGUCCUCCCAUGCCGACACAUGUGCAUGUGCAGUGGCUGUGCUAAGGCACUGAGCAUCCAGACAGACAGAUGCCCCAUUUGUAGGCAACCGAUUGAACGGCUCCUGGAAAUCAAGGUGAGCAAUGAACCUGAAUCUGAUGCUUAAGAAAAGUCUUCCGCCGAUCAGAAAACUGUGAAGUUCUGUAUAAGCUUGCCUGUUUUCACAAUAAUGGUUUACAAACGGGUGUGAAGAUAUAGCGACCUUGCAUCUGUUUUAAUCCAAUGUUUGUAUAUGGGUGUUGCACUCAGAAUAGUGUUGACGAGUUACCUCAUAUAAAUGAAAUUUUCCUGUUUAGUCAGAAA